GAGUCAUGUGACGUUUACCGACGAAGGAAAACCACAGAGAGAGCUGGGAAAAACAACGAGUGGCUGUAAAAACAAAAGCUCAGCUCCGGCUCUGUUAUUCCUGCUUUCUAUUUUCCCAACAGUAUUAAUUUCCCGGCAACAUGACCUGGACUAAAUACCAGCUGUUCCUCGCGGGUCUUAUGCUCACAACUGGCUCUAUUAACACACUGUCUGCGAAAUGGGCAGACAUGUUCACAGCGAAGGGCUGCCAUGACAACCCUGAACAUGGAUUCUCCCAUCCAUUCCUGCAGGCCGUGGGUAUGUUCCUGGGUGAGUUCAGCUGUCUGGCCGUCUUCUACAUCCUGCUCUGCCACGACAGACGGAGGCCGGAGCCGAAGAUGAACCCGGGUCAGAGGUUCAACCCUCUGCUCUUCUUCGCCCCGGCCAUGUGCGACAUGACGGCCACCUCCAUCAUGUAUGUCGCUCUGAACAUGACCAGUGCCUCCAGUUUCCAGAUGUUGCGUGGAGCAGUCAUCAUCUUCACAGGUCUGCUCUCUGUAGCCUUCCUUGGGCGCCGCCUGCUGCCCAGUCAGUGGAUUGGCAUCUUCAUCACCAUCCUUGGUCUGGUGGUUGUGGGUCUGGCCGACUUCUUCAGCGGUCACAGAGAUGAUGAGCACAAACUCAGUCAGGUCAUUACAGGUGACCUGCUGAUCAUCAUGGCUCAGAUCAUCGUCUCCGUGCAGAUGGUUCUAGAGGAGAAGUUUGUCUACAAACACGACGUCCAUCCUCUCCGUGCCGUCGGCACUGAAGGUUUUUUUGGCUUCUUCGUCCUGACGCUGCUCCUCAUCCCCAUGUACUUCAUUCCCGUUGGUGAGUUUGGUAACAACCCUCGUCAGGUUCUGGAGGACGCGCUGGACGCCUUCUGUCAGAUUGGCCACCAGCCCCUCAUCCUGCUUGCUCUGCUGGGCAACACGGUCAGCAUCGCCUUCUUCAACUUCGCCGGGAUCAGCGUCACCAAGGAGAUCAGCGCCACCACACGCAUGGUGCUGGACAGCCUGCGUACGCUGGUCAUCUGGGUGGUCAGCCUGGCCCUGGGCUGGGAGGUGUUCCACGGCCUCCAGGUGCUCGGCUUCCUGGUCCUGCUGCUGGGCACAGGGCUCUAUAAUGGACUGCACCGCCCCCUGCUGGCCAGGAUACCUUGCUGCGCUGGACUGGUGAGUGCGGAGGAGGAAAGCAGUGCAGCGGAACGGGAGAGACUGCUGAACAAUGGCAGCGUGCAGAACAGUGACCAGAGCUAAAGCAGCGUUUCCCCCAGCACAGAUGUCCCCUAGGUGACCUCUACUGGCACUGGAAAGACACUGCACCUUUAACGGACAAUUUCACUUAAAAUCUUUUAAAACGGUAUCUUCAUAUAUUCAAUUUUAUCUGAUUUUAUUUGUGCCAUAUUUAGGUGACAUAAGGCCACAAUAUUCUGGGGAAAAAGCACAAAUUUACUUUAUUACAAGUGGUUAAAUAAAGUGGCUUUCAACAGUUGGAUAUAGAAAAUUGUAAAAGCAAAGUGCUUAGCCUAGCAUAGCUUGUUUAAGCAAACCAUAGUGCAUGUUGGAGUAUUUUUUUAAAGUCAUAGUUUAAGACAUUUUUGCUCAGCUAAAAUGUGAAUCUACUUCAAAAGACGCUGGCCAUUUUCUAGAUCAGGGUUUAUGCUAAGCUAGGUGCAGUUCCUGAGCUGUUGAACAUGAACAAUUUUAUCAGAACUAAUUUUUUUAUGAUAGUGUGGGUUUUAAAGGGAUUUUUUUAUUUUAGUUUUAUUUUCUUCUAUUAUUAAAUCUGUAACAUAAAGCCAGUGUCAACAUUGUCACCUAGAAACUUAAACUGACAGAUUUUUUAAGUCUUUUUAUUUUUUAAUUACAAAGUCUUUAUGAACAAACAAUGAACAUAGUGUACACAGGAAUCAUGCACUAGUUUUUUUUUAAAUAAGAGAUUUAAUGUUUCCAUUUAUAAUUUUUGCCUCUGCUCUAAUUGCAGUAGAAAGUGUUGACAAUUGCAACGUUUUUAGAAAUACACACGAUGGAGUCUAGAGAUGGCCACCAGGGGGAGACACCUGCAUAUUCAACCAUAAAUGUCGAGACGUUUAUGCAGACUUCAUUGAAAUGUUUUAAUGUUGAUUCUGUACUGGAUGGUUUCAUUUACACAUUUUAUGUGUGGUACUUUUUCAAUGUGUUGAUUGUUCACUGGUUGCCAUUUUACCUAAGGCCCUGUUAGCAUAGGUAAGAAUUUGUUUUAAACCUCACUUUGUCUGUACACUUGCAGGAUCUGAUGAUAAAGGAUUUGAGGCAUUUACUUUAAUACAGCGAAAACAAGAGGGAAUUGUCCAAAACGGACACCAUGGCAUUGUUAUUGAUGCCUGUGUUGACCUGUAAUGUUAGAAAAUACACAUCUGAAACACCA